AUGAGCAUAUCGUCUGUGCCAAGUCAGACACUACUGGUCACGCAGGCCAUGUCCGAUUCCGUACCAGUUCAAACUCCACCGACUGCCCCUCGUUCCCGCAAUCGACGCCGUGGGAGGGGCCCCGCAAACCGCGAAGGUCGUCAAAAUAUACAAACACAACCAGCGGAAGCUCAGCCAUCAUUACAGACGCCGGAGAUACAGCAGGAUGUUGCGCCAGACUCCGGCAGAUCAAAUGGCCAAUCUCGUCAGCGGAGAGGAAAUCGUGAAGGGAAGGCACCCAGACCCCGAAGAGGCCGUGGUAAUGGCACACAGCAAGCGUCGACGGAUAUUGGAGAAUCUUCUGGACAACCAACUCAACCUCAGUCCCGUGGAAUGCGGGCUCGAGGAUUUGGAGCUCGAUUAACGAAGGAAGGCCAAGAGUUUUCCAAUCAAAAUCUGGAAAUCGCCGGGGAGGAUGAGCCAGGUCUCCGAGCUGAUGUACCGGAUUUUGUACCAGGAGCACCGCGACCUGUAGAGUCUACACAAUCCGCAUCCAAGGGAAAGGGGAAAACGAAACCUAAAGGACCACCGAAGCCGCCAAAGGUCACGACAAAAUCAAUAGCAGACGAUAUUACGACCCGCAUUCAUGAAGAUAUUGCCCACAAUUUAUACGAAUGUCCCAUUUGCACAAGUGAACUUGGACGAAGAUCCAAGGUCUGGUCCUGCGAGUUAUGUUGGACUGUCUUCCACAUGAGCUGCAUCAAAAAGUGGUCCACGAAUGAAGGCGCGGCUGCGCAGAAUAACAAUCGCGAACCAGAUGGUGGCGAAGGCCCUGCGCCCACUCGUGCCUGGCGAUGCCCUGGUUGCAAUCUUUCUCACGAGAAUUUCCCAACCACUUACACUUGUUGGUGUGAGAAGGAGGUUGAUCCUAGACCCUUCCCUGGUCUUCCUCCUCAUUCAUGUGGUCAGACAUGUUCCCGAGUCCGCAAAGGCUGCCCCCAUCCCUGCGAUAAAACCUGUCACGCUGGUCCAUGUGCUCCUUGUACCGCUAUGGGUCCAACCCAGGAUUGUUUUUGUGGGAGAAACUCUAGCGCAAAAAGAUGUCAAGACACAGAUUAUGAGCAAGGAUGGAGCUGUGGAGAAAUAUGCGGUGACUUGUUGCCUUGCGGUGAGCAUACCUGCCCUCUUCCAUGUCAUGAAGGGCUGUGUGGAGCUUGUGAAGUCAAGCUUGAGGCUCGUUGCUACUGUGGAAAAGUAGAUACGGAAAUGCUGUGUAGCUCGAAGGAGGAGGAAAUGGACAGCCAAACAACUCGUGAUGGAGUCGAAGAAGAAUGGACAGGUUGUUUCAGUUGCAAUGACACUUGUGGCCGAUCAUUUGAUUGUGGGCUUCAUUCAUGCCAAAAGAACUGCCAUCCUCAAGAUUUUAAUCCCGCCCAUUGCCCAAGGUCGCCAGAUGUUGUUAUUCGGUGCCCAUGCGGUAAAACCAAACUGACAGACAUUUCUGGUUACUCCCCUCGAACUUCGUGUGAGGACACAAUCCCCCACUGCCAGGAAUCCUGUGGUAAGAUGCUUGCAUGUGGUCAUUCCUGUGACCAAAUCUGCCAUACCGGCCCAUGCGGAGCUUGUUUGCGCCAUGUGCCUGUUGAUUGUCGAUGCGGCCGUAGCACAUCAAUGAGUAUUUGCCAUCAAGGCGAUGUACAGCAUCCUCAAUGCUUCCGCACGUGUAAAGCUACACUGCAUUGUGGUCGCCAUGCGUGCUCUGAAAGAUGCUGCCCUGGAGAACAGAAGGCCAUAGAGCGGCAGGCCCUGCGUCGCAAGUUGAAGGGUCAUCUCCGCCCUUCUGACGAGGAUAUCGAAGCUGAGCACAUAUGUACUCGUAUUUGUGGUCGAUUGUUGAAAUGUGGGAAACACACAUGUCCUGAGCUUUGCCACAAAGGUGCCUGUAAUACUUGUCGCGAGGCUAUUUUCGAGGAAGUUGCAUGCAACUGCGGACGAUCAAUACUGUACCCACCACAGCCAUGUGGAACUCAACCUCCGCCAUGUUCUUUCCCUUGUGAACGCCCAAAGCCAUGUGGUCAUCCUCAGACAGCGCAUAAUUGCCACGUCGAUGAAGAGUCAUGUCCAAAGUGUCCUUUCCUGACAGAGAAAGAGUGUUUGUGUGGCAAGCGGGUGAUGAAAAAUGUGCCCUGCUGGCUUACAGAUUCACGUUGCGGACAGGUUUGUGGAGCGCCACUCAAAUGUGGUUCUCACUUCUGCAAGAAGGAUUGUCAUCGACCCGGAGAAUGUGAAGAUGCCAAUAAGCCUUGUCAGCAGGCCUGCGGAAAAAGUAAAUCUUUGUGUGGUCACCCAUGCUCUGAUUCUUGCCAUGCACCAUAUCCCUGCCCAGAGAAGACACCCUGCCCUUCCAUGAGCACAGCAACGUGUGGCUGUGGACGACUGCGUCAGCAACGAAAGUGCAAUGCCGCCAAAGCUGUCACCUCCAAGGGCCAGCUCCAACAGCCAGAACGUCUACCUGUACUUACACCUCUAACCUGUGACGAUGAGUGCGGCCGCCUGGAGCGGAAUCGCUCUCUUGCAUCUGCCCUUGGCAUCGACAUCAACCAAUCGACAACCGUGCAAGCUUUCUCUGCCAACAAUCUCCCAUACUCAGCCGAGACUCUGGACCAAUAUAUCAAACUUGCAUCCAGCGUCUCAUUAUCGACUCUCCAGACAUACGAGUCAACCUUGCACUCGCUAGCAAUCGAUCCUUCAAAUCGAUCUACCCGCUUCCAACCCGCUAAAUCCACCCUCCGUGCAUUUACCCAUUCUCUAGCCACAGACUGGGGCUUCGUCACAGAAAGCCACGACCCAGAACCACACCGUCACGUUUUCGUCCUGAAACCUUUAACCUGGACACCUCCAGUUUUUGGCCUUGGUACCCUCUCCGCUAUCGGUAUUGGCGGCAUGAGUGUCCGCGCGUGUGUCAAGUUCCGCGAACGCGAACGUACUAAGGAGCGCGAAGUACAGCGUCUCGCCGCACUAGAAGCUAAAGCCGCGCGUAACGCCGCGAAAGCAGAGUCUGGUGUAAGUGGAGAUGGCUGGGCGCAAGUUGCCUCUCGAGCUAAGAAGCCCGGUGAGAACAGUGGGCCUAGUACUAGGAGUAGUACCCCUGUUCAGAAUCCAUUUGGUAGUCGGACGAUAUUUUCGGCACUUUCUGGAGAAGCAUUCCAGGAGGGAUCUAAGAAGGAGCGGUUGGUGCUUCGUUCGGGUAUUGGUGCUGGCAAUUCGUUGAAGACCCAGCCUAUUGAGGUGGUGGAUGAUUGGGAAGAGGCGGAGGAAAAGGAGGAGGAAGUUGAGCGAGAGCAGGAAGGUGUUCUCCAGGAGAUUGAGCAGGGACUGGAGGAGUCUGUCUCUGGUCUUCAAGAGCAGACUGAAACUUCUGAAGCGGUUGAGCCAUCAGAAUCAGCUGAGGCUGAGGUGAAUGCUGGUGAGAUUCCUGAAGCCAGUGAAGAUAUAGUCGAUUAA